UUGUUUUGUUUACCAAAAUAAUUUUUUCAGUAAUUUUAUUCACCGCAUUCAUAAACGCAUUUUUUAAAGCGUUUUUAGUGACAUUUCUUGCAAUGCAGUUGAUGGUGUUGUUAGUGUAUUGUUGCGAUGGCAUUUCCUUUCUGAAAACACAAUUCAGCUUUCUUUUUAGGUCUGACUGAGUUUCCAUGUUAAACUGCAGUGACCGCAGGCAAAGAUAAUCAUAACAUGAGAGACGGUGUUUUGUGGAAACUUGGCUCCGGUGGUGAGAUUUGUCUCUCUCUUCAUGUUUUACUGACAUUCGUUUCCAGGAAUCAGAUCUUAUGAACAGCUGGGAUUCAGGGCCUUCGGAAUCACGGGGAAGAUGGCGGCCGGAAUCGCGAUCACUCUUCAAAACAUUGGAGCCAUGUCCAGUUACUUAUACAUCGUCAAGUCAGAGUUCCCACUGGUCCUGCGGGCUUUUUUGAAAACAGAUACCAGUUCAGGGGAAUGGUAUCUCAAUGGAAACUACUUGGUGGUGCUUGUGUCUCUCUCUGUCAUCCUGCCUUUGGCUCUAAUGAAGCAGUUGGGUUACCUUGGUUAUACCAGUGGUUUUUCACUCAGCUGCAUGGUCUUCUUCCUCAGUGCAGUCAUCUAUAAGAAGUUCCAGAUCCCGUGCCCAUUCGAGGAGUUUUCGGCCAAUAGCACGCUGGCACACGCUCAUUCAAACGUGACGGUGAACCACGCCCACGGCUACCAUAACGGUCAUGUGACGGUGGACGACUCCCACUGCAGCCCGCAGAUGUUCACCAUCAACACACAUACCGCAUACACCAUCCCCAUUCUGGCCUUCGCUUUCGUCUGCCACCCUGAGGUCCUGCCCAUCUACACUGAGCUGCGCAACCCAACUCAGAGGAAGAUGCAGCACGUUUCCAACAUUUCCAUUCUGAUCAUGUACAUUAUGUACUUCCUUGCUGCUCUCUUUGGAUACCUAACAUUUUACACUAAUGUUGAGGCCGAGCUUCUGCACACAUACAGCAGGAUCGACCCCUACGACACUCUCAUCCUCUGCGUGCGUUUGGCUGUGCUCACCGCCGUCACGCUGACUGUGCCCAUCGUACUGUUCCCAGUGCGAAGAGCCAUUCAAGAGAUGAUGUUCCCUAAUAAAACCUUCAACUGGAUCCGACACGUCGCCAUUGCCGUCAUCCUCCUGACCUUCAUCAACAUGCUGGUCAUCUUCGCUCCCAACAUCCUGGGCAUCUUUGGCAUCAUUGGUGCAACAUCCGCUCCCUGUCUUAUCUUCAUCUUCCCUGCUGUCUUCUACAUCCGUAUUGUUCCCAAGGAUAAGGAGCCAAUGCGCUCUACCCCCAAAAUCUUUGCUACCUGUUUUGCUGGACUGGGCAUGUUGUUUAUGGUAAUGAGCUUGAGCUUCAUCAUCAUUGAUUGGACGACAGGCAGCAGCAGUGCUCUGGGUGGCCACUAGGAGACAAACUCUGAAGAUGAAUGUGUGUUUUUGUGUACAUGCCUUUGUAUGAGAGUGUGUGGUGUAUGUUAGGUUAGUGAUGUAACAUACUGAAAGUGAUCUGAUUUAUUUGUAUCCAUAUUUUUCUGCCUGUUGUGACACAGAGGAUGCCCUAUUCCACUGUGGCAAGGAAAAGGUGAGGGAGACCCAACGUAACAUCCCAUUUUACACAGAUAACCUGCCAUCAGAUAAUGGGGAAAAAUUGAAUUAUUCUGAAAAACAUUUCUGAUAAAUUCACACUGAUUUUUUAUAUUUUAAAACCUGUAAAAGUGCUGAUCUUGUCAAUUUGGGCAAUUUUUUAUUUAUUUAUUGAAGGGUUAGUGCAGGGG